AAGGUGAUUUCCGCGGGAAUACAGGUUACUCGGAAGGCGAUCGUCCACCGGCGUUAAAGAACUACUUCUAUACCUUCGCAGUGCUGUGUGUGCAUUCAGGCCUUCUCUGUAUACCACACUCUGCCUGUGCUAUAAUUUUCGUUCGUUGCAACGGCGAACCAAAAUGAGGCUAUCGCGUAUCGACCGUAAUUUACUUCGCUAUCGACCUCGCGUGGUGUGCAAUUGCCCAUGAUUCGUGUCGAGCGUUGAACAGUGUUUUCGUCUCCUGAUAUUAUUCUCGAAAUCUGAAAGUUCUCCAGUCUCUGCAGUAGUGAUUACCGCUUCUAAUGCUCCGGAUUAUCCAGCAUUUGAAUGCAACGUCUACUGGUGUCCGUAUGCUAUUCGUGGAUCCACGUAUUUUUCACACUUCCAAACGGAAACGAAUUUCAUCCGUGACCAUUCGCCUACAUAUAAUCGACACCGUUAAUGGUAUAUUUGCAUUUCGCGAGAUUCUCGGGAUAUUGUGGAAGUCGUGAUACCAGAUGAUGAAUAGCAACUACAUGCUGUUUCCCGUUGCUGUGGCUUUGGACGAUGUACUUCUCAUUUUGUUGUUGUUUUGUACUAUCAGCUAAAAGGUUAUGGCUUGAUUGAUGGCUUGGCUUGAUUGGUUCCAAGAUUCUGCACAAAUAUUCCCACGGAGCGCCUUCUUGCUGGAUAAUUUGGAUGUGAACGAAAUAAGAACUGGAUGAGCUCGAUUGUAUGACAAGGCAGAGAACAGCCACGGUACGCGCAACAAAACUGUAUGGCGAAGAUCGAGUUUCUGGAAGAUUUCAUGCUGUCUUAUCACCCAUGCCACGAAAAUUUCACCUAAAUCAGCCGACACUGGUGGUGCUCCCAUGACAGAAGCAGCCGCAUUUCCGCGUUGGAUUUUGAUGCUGAACCGCUGGCGCAGAGUCUCGAUCGCCGGUAUCUCGCAUGCUGCCUGUCAUGUCAUCUUCCCGAGUUCGGUGACCAAUUCCCGAUUUCGGUGAGCAUUGGUCAGCGAACUCGAGAAGAGGAUGCGACAGGAUGCAGGCAUGCAUGCAUGCGAGAAGCGUCCAAUUCCCAAGAUCCGAGUGUUUCGACGAGUACGCUUCAUGUGUCCAUACGCCAAGUACAGUACGCUGGAUGUAUUUCGCUGGUAUGCCACUUAAAAUAUCGGAAUUCUCAGUGACCUAGGAAGGGUACGGAGCGCAUCCGGCAUGCACGACGGAUAACGGAUACGAAUGAUACGUGGAGGUACAUUGCGUGAAUACUGGACUGUCAUAUAACAAGCCAAGCUGUGGACAGCAAGAAUAAGGGCUGCAACACGACGGACGACCUCGGGCACAACAACAGAAUUCGUGCAAGUUUCCAACGGUUGCGUUGCCAGAAAUCGUCCGCUCGAUGGGUUUGGUAAGCGUAUGCAUGGUCCCCGUGUGGGGAUGCGGUAGGCGGCGGAUCGACCAUUGUGCCACGGCACAGGUAACGCAGCGGACGGUACGCCAGCAAAAUCAUCCCUAUUCAACGCUGCCGCUGAACGCCGCCAAAUGUUAACGGUGCGGUUCCGGUGCGGGAAAAUCGGCGAUCCUCUACAAAAUAUAGUCAUGAUGCUGAAUUUCAUAUUCGUCGAUGUUCUGUGGAUGUAUGAGUAUACGACUGCAAUAAAAAGUGUAGCAGUUCCAGAAGUUUUAGCAAUCCAGAAAUACGGUAGGUGUACGAAAUGAGUACAUAACAUUAUUCUACAUUCCUUUCCAGCUGGAAUAGUCAGUUGUUCCCUGGAAGCGCUGAAUAAGCAGUUCCAGUUGAGAUGCUUUAAGAGCACCGCUUCCAUAUGUGCUAGUGAACAGCUUAAUUGCUCUUGCCGUGAUGUAGCACCGGAAAUAGGCGUGUCGUAGAUUUACCACGCCGAUAACGCUGCACGGAUAUGUUCUGCGGCUUACUAGUGUAGCCAGCAUCAGAUCGUUAAGCCAGUACCAUCUCCACUGUAUUCCUCUUUUCCAGCUGCGUGCAUCAACGUGGCAUUCCCUGUAUGUUAGUGAUAUUUAUCAACAGAUGCAUCCUAAAGCGGAAUUCAUGAAGCGUGAUUUAUUUCCUCUACAGACGCAGAAUUCGUGGUGUAAACUAACGGCACUACCAGCUGUCUUCAGUCAUUACCCGUACAAGCGUUAUCCGAAUCCGCCGUAUUGAACGCGUCCAGCGGGUAAACAGUGCAGGGAACUAAUGGAACCGCUGCACGAUCACCAGCGCGCACCCCCAGAAUACGUGGACGCCCCGCCGGACUACGGGGUGGCGACGGGACCCACUCCGGCCGUUCCCCUUCCGGCCGUCGCCCGGCCGUCCCCCAGUCUGCAGGCUGUGGAUUUCCUGCCGCGGAUGACGCGGGAGAACGGUCCCUCCCACCACGCCGAGUACGAGCCUUUUGGCGUGCUGGUGGAGCGCGCCAACCGCUACCUGCGCGACCAUCCGCGCUGUCGUGUCAACACCUGCGAGAGCGUGGCGUUCCGCGUCUACCAGCGCGGCCAGGACAUCGACACGAUGCAGUCGGUAUUCACGGCAUACGUUGCAGGGGAAGCGACCAACCGGUACAUCCGUGGUCUGCGUCUGUGGACGCAGCAGCGGCCUGUCAUGCGUGAUAAUCCGACGGAGCCGCAACAGCUCGGCUAUCUGAACUUCCUUCCCGACAUCCUGCACGACGGGACGAUUCAGCGACUGGACGGCGUGCUGCAGCGCAUCAAUCGCACCCCCAUCAAAGGGACGAUCAUCACGAUGGAAACCCUGCCGAUUAAGUGGGGCAGUAAAGCGUUGGACCCGGAUCGCACCAUCUGGACCGAGCGGGGUUUUGCCAGUCAGCGCUUCCUUUAUCUCAUCCGCAUCUUUUACAUCCGAGGUCCCGGCGGCGAUGUGCAGGUUGGAUUCCAGGAUUUUGUGCCACAGAUGCUGGAGAAAGAAGGCUUCUUCUCCAAUCCUCGGAUGGAGCCGUUUCCUGUGGUGCUACGGUGUGUCCAGCAGUGGUUGGGGACGGUGCCGCCCAACUAUCGCCUGGUUAACGUCCAGACCGUCAUGUUCCGCUGGAGCUACAACAAAGGCAUCGACACCCAAGAUAUGGCGUACCAUGAGCACAAACAGAGGCUCAAUUAUCUUCGGUUUCUGCGGGUAGCCUACGCCAUCCAGCGAGCGGACCGCGGUCCCGUGUCCCGUUCGACCAUCCAGCCGGCCUCCCGACUCUUCAUCCCGGAGAUGACGAAGCCGCCGGGGUUCUUCGCCAAGGGCGUCUUUGAAACGCAGGCAGCGUGUCGCCGGCGUGCGGAUCAGUGGGUGCGGGCAGCGGAAGCCCGCAUCGUCUGCGCGGAGACGCUGGUGAUGCGCAUCGCUCAUGGCGGCGAGUCGGUGUAUGGCUUCGACGCCAUGCACACGUGGAACGACACCUACAUUACCAGCACGCCGUCCACCGAGCGGGACGAUGAGCGCUUCGGCUGUCUGUACCGGAUCUACACGGACGGCAUGGAUCGGCCAGAAUUGGUCGGCCCGCAACAGGAUUCCCACUUGGAGAAUUACACACUGCAAACGGACAGCGGCGAAGGUUGUACGAUUGCAUAAUCGCGUCGCGUCAACCAUCCUGGAUUCUGUGAAUAGCUAUUACUCUGCGUCAUAAGUGCUUUCAUCAUGUUAUUCGCCGGCUGAUUCGGAAUUUUUUGUGCUGGUUUAUUCUCCAGUUGAUAUUUGUAUAAAAUCAUCCCGGUCUGCUGGAAUCGCGGCGUUAGUGUAUUUACUGCACUGCUCUUUGAAAUAUUUCAUUUAAUGUUCAUAUGUUAUUUUUUUAUUAAGAACGGUUUGGCUUAUGUUUUAGGCUUGGGCUAAUGCCACUGCAGUCCAAAAUAAAGCGCUAAUGCCACUCCAGUCCAUAUCGCAAUAUGGCU